AGUGUUUUUUUUUCUCACAGGGAGCUCGUGCAGUCAGGAGCUUCUCUGCGCGGAUGGAGAUUUUUAGUGUUUUGUGGUGAAAUUCUGUGUUAUUUGUUAUUUUAGUGUAAAUUCUGAGGGAAUGUUCAGCCGGUUCUCCGCGCGCACGCACGAUGAACGAGUACGAGCUGGUCCGGCAGAUCGGUCACGGAGCCUACGGGAAAGCGCUGCUGGUCCGCGAGCGCAGCGGGAGCGCGCGCCACUGUGUCAUCAAACAGAUCAGUUGGAGCCGCAUGUCUCCUCGAGAAAGAGAAGACUCCAAAAAGGAGGUGACUCUGCUGUCCAAAAUGAAGCAUCCAAACAUUGUGGCUUUCUUCAGGUCAUUUAAUGAGAGAAAUAAUCUGUAUAUAGUGAUGGAGUAUUGUGAUGGUGGCGACCUCAUGAAAAAGAUCAGUAUGCAGAGAGGACAGCCGUUUAAAGAACAGCAGAUAAUGGACUGGUUUGUUCAGAUUUGUCUUGGGCUGAAACACAUCCACGACAGGAAGGUCCUGCACAGAGACAUUAAAGCUCAGAAUAUCUUUCUCACCCAAGGAGGCAGUAAAGUAAAGCUAGGAGACUUUGGGAUCGCCAGAUUAUUAAACAAUACGGUGGAGCUCGCCAGGACCUGCGUCGGGACGCCAUACUACCUCUCUCCUGAGAUCUGCGAGAACCGACCAUAUAACAACAAAACUGAUAUGUGGUCUCUUGGCUGUGUUCUCUAUGAGCUGUGUACACUCAGACACCCGUUUGAAGGCAGCAGUCUGCGGCAGCUGAUAGUGAGGAUCUGUAAGGGUUAUUAUACUCCGGUAUCUCAGCGCUACAGUUCUGAUCUCAGGACUCUCGUUUCUCAACUGUUUAAAAUCAGCCCCAGAGAUCGACCCUCCGUCAACUCGCUGCUCAAGCGCCCCCUACUGCACACGCUCAUCAGCAAACACCUGCACCCUCAGCUGAUGGAGGAGGAGUUCAGUCACACCGUUCUGCACAGAGUCAAGCCUGUGGCACAGCCAGGCCCCAAGCACAGUGCAGUCUCUAAAGUCUCACCGAGGUCUGGAGGUGCAGUAAAUAAGCUCCCGCCUCGACCACCAUGGAGACGUGCUGUUACCAAACCUCCCAGCCCUCAGUAUAAGCCUGUGCACGGUCAUGGAGUGGAAGUGGGAAGAGGCCAGGUAUUGAGAGCUGCAGGUGAGGUAAAGGCCGUGCAGAACCUCCGUCCACAGCUGGAGCAUCUCCAGCCCCGCCCACAUCUUCAUCACCCUCCUCCUCCUCCUCCUCCAGCAGCACCUGAACCGGAGGCUCCUGCAGGCUGCUGCCCUGAGCGGCUGAAUGCUCUGGAGCCGUAUCAGCUUGUUGCAGCAGCGAGAGAGGAAUACCUGCAGAGGAGACAAGAAGCCAAUCAGUACAAACUGAGAGCAGAAAAGCAGCUGGGUCUGAGGCCAAACACAGCCGAUAGUGAACAGAACAGACGAUUAGAUCAGAAACAUCAUCAUGCAGAGAGAGACGCUCCACCUCACUGCGUCCUGCAGGACAAACUACACCGACAAGAGGAGUAUCUGAGACAGCUGCAGGACAUCAGGAGGCGAUAUCAGGACGAGGUCAGAGUUAUGAGACGGAAAGCUGAUGCUGAGGUCCAGCCGAAACCAGGAGGCACAUACCUGGUGAAGCAUCCUGAUGAGAAACAAACACACAUUUCCAGAGAAGAGCAACAGAAGCCUGCUGAUAUGGAGAAAGCUCUGCAGGAGAUUCUAGAGCAGAACCACAGAGAGAGGAAAGAGCUGCAGAGAAAACACAAAGACAAGAAAGGAAUUAUGUUUGAGAUCAAACUGCAGGAGAAAGAGCCGGAGAAGAACAGAGAGAAACUACAGCAGAAAACUGAUGAGGACAAAAUGGAGGAGGAGGAUCUGCUGAAUCAGACGCUGCGGUUUGAUGCAGAACUGAAGCUCCAGCUGUGGAACAGAUCAGCCGAAGAUCCUGACGUCACUGAGGAGGUUAAUCCUGAGGAAGGAGUGGAGGGAGGAGGAGGAGGAGAAGAAGAGUGUGUGAGAAGAGGAGUGUGGAGACGGGAGGCUCCUCAGACUCUGCUGAAAGCUCUGGCCAACAUGGAGGUUUCAUCCCUCUGCUCUACUGCAGCUUCAACCCAACCCGGUGGAGUGGAGCUGAAGGAGCAGAGGAGGCGGUGGUUAAAGCGAAGGCCGAAUACACUCCUCAACGCUUUAGCUGAGGCUCAGCUCACCUUCUCUACACUCGGAUCGACCCUCGUAUCUGAGAGAGAUGACUCAAAGGAGAAGAAAGAGGAAGAGAAAGAGGAGGCUGCUGAAGCUGUGAAAAGCAGCUCUGCAGAUGAUGAUGAUGAAGAUGAUGAAGAUGAGGAUGACUCUGAUGUGGAGGUGGAUGAGGAGAGGCUGGAGCCCAGAUCAGACGAUGAUGAUACGAACUUCGAAGAGUCUGAAGACGAGCUGAGAGAGGAGGUCGCUGACUCCAUGAGGAAUCUCUUCAUCAAUAAUGAUGAUGAUGAAGGUGAUGAUGAUGAUGAUGAAGGGCAGAGUGCUGUAGAUGGAGAUCUCUGUGUGAAAACUGAAGAGGAGAGAGAGGAGAGUAACGAUACAGAGAGAACAGAUUCCUCCAGACCUGCAGCUCAGGAUCAGGAAUCUCAUCUCCAGACUGAACAGACUGAGCUUCAGCACCUGAACCCUGAGGAGAACCAGGACCAGAACCAGGAUGUUGGAACAGCAGCGGAGCAGCAGAGACACAUCUGAUCUCACAGCGUCUCCAGUC